GCCCUCCUCAAUUGAUAAGGUGUGUCGCGUCUGUAGCAUACAGCAGGAUUAGAUUUUCGCCACGCAAAAUGGACACUGAAAUACAACGUUUUUAUAUGGACAAGACUGUGUUUGUAACAGGCGGCACUGGGUUUUUAGGAAAAGUGAUCAUUGAAAAGAUCCUACGAGCUACAGAUCCGAAACACAUAUAUUUUCUGGUCAGGUCUAAGAAAAACGAGGAUGUCAAGACGCGCGUUGCAAAAUGGAUGAGCCAGCCGAUUUUCGAGGCACUACUAAGGACAAAACCAAGGGCCUUGGAGCUGAUGACACCCAUAGCAGGGGAUUGUCUGGAGCCGGACCUAGGUAUUAGUGAUGCGGAUCGUAAGCUACUGGCAAAAGAGGUGCAGAUUGUUAUUCACGGAGCAGCCACCGUCCGCUUCAACGAGCCCAUGCAUACGGCGCUGGCCAUCAACACGCGGGCCACGCGCCUCAUGCUGCAGCUGGCCAGGGAAAUGCAUCGCUUGGAGGCCUUCGUCCAGAUCUCCACAGCCUACUCCAACUGCGUGCUGGAACACAUUCACGAGCAGUUCUAUCCUGAGAAUUUUACCUGCUCCGUGGAUACGGCGCUGCAGCUAAAAGAGACACUGAGCGCCGAGCUUUUGGACAAUAUGACGCCUGCCUUACUGGGAAAAUUCCCCAACACAUACAGCUAUACGAAGGGCCUGGCAGAGCAAGUGAUCCAAGGUGAGGCGGGUGACCUUCCGGUGUGUAUCUUUCGGCCUGCCAUUAUAUUUGCCAACUACAAGGAGCCUUCUUCCGGAUGGAUUGACAACCCGUAUGGACUCAUCGCCUUAAUAUACGGCAUUACCUACGGUGUCCUGCACCUAUUGCUUUGCAAUUACAAGGCUCACGCCCCUGUAGUUCCUGGCGAUUAUUGCGGCAACAUGGUCGUGGCGAGCGCAUGGGAAACGGCAAGGAACGCAAAGAAACGUGCAACUCCAGCGAUAAAGCCAGUGCCCACCAUUUAUAAUUUCUCACCUAGCAACACAAAUAUUAUCACCUUUGGGGAUCUGAAAGAUAAGGGCAUGUACAGUGGCAAGCUGGUUCCGAUGACCAAAAUGAUCUGGUACCCGUUCGUACAUGCCACCACAUGUCCUUGGCUGUUUAGUCUGGGCUGCAUCUUUUACCACUAUGUGCCCGGCUUUUUAUUCGAUAUCCUCCUGCGGCUGAGUGGCGAAAAACCCCGUCUAGUGAAAGCCUACCGCAAAGUCCACGAAAAUGUGGUGGCACUGUUCCCCUUCAAUAAGAAAACAUUUUGGUUUAGCAGGGAUAAUACUGAGGCAUUAUGGAACCAUAUGUCCACGGAAGAUCAAAGCGUGUUCAACUUUAAUAUGGAGAAUAUGAACUGGGACGACUAUUUCAAGUCUACCUUGAAUGGUAUGCGACUACAUUUGUUCAAGGAACCACCGACGACAGCUUCUUUGGAUCAUGGACGUAGGAUUCUAUCUCGGUAUUUUGUUCUACAUUGCGCUGUUCAAGGUCUUCUUGUCUCUGCUGCCGCAUACUUGAUUUGGUUAGUUUUGAGCGUCUUUAUAUAAAUAAGAGUUUAAAUUUAACAGGUAAAAUGGUGUCUCGGUUGAAAAUUGGAAACAAUAAAUGCCAUUGAUAAUAAAAUAAUGACACAACGGA